CGCCCGAGCCCGCGCCGAGCGUGCGCCUCGCCCUCCUCCCGCGCCCGCUCUGCUCUAGGAUGCUGCGGCAGGUUCUGCACAGGGGCUUGAGGACGUGUUUCUCCCGGCUCGGCCACUUCAUUGCCAGUCACCCUGUCUUCUUCGCCUCGGCGCCGGUGCUCAUCUCCAUCCUGCUCGGCGCCAGCUUCAGCCGCUACCAGGUCGAGGAGAGCGUGGAGCACCUGCUGGCGCCCCAGCACAGCCUCGCCAAGAUCGAGCGCAACCUCGUCAACAGCCUCUUCCCGGUCAACCGCUCCAAGCACCGGCUCUACUCGGACCUGCAGACCCCUGGGCGCUACGGCCGGGUCAUCGUCACCUCCUUCCAGAAAGCCAACAUGCUGGACCAGCAUCACACCGACCUGAUCUUAAAGUUGCAUGCUGCUGUGACCAGGAUCCAGGUUCCAAGGCCUGGAUUUAAUUACACAUUUGCUCACAUAUGUAUCCUGAAUAACGAUAAGACUUGCAUCGUGGACGACAUAGUGCAUGUCCUGGAGGAGCUAAAGAAUGCUCGGGCCACCAACCGGACCAAUUUUGCUAUCACGUACCCGAUCACUCACUUAAAGGACGGGAGGGCAGUUUACAACGGGCAUCAGCUUGGAGGCGUCACCGUGCACAGCAAGGACCGAGUGAAAUCCGCAGAGGCCGUCCAGCUCACCUACUACCUGCAGUCAAUCAACAGUCUCAACGACAUGGUGGCAGAGAGGUGGGAGUCCAGCUUCUGCGACACCGUCCGACUGUUCCAGAAAUCUAACGGCAAAGUCAAAAUGUACCCUUACACGUCCUCCUCACUGAGGGAAGAUUUCCAGAAGACCAGCCGCGUAUCAGAACGCUACCUGGUCACCAGCUUGAUCCUGGUGGCCACCAUGGCCAUCCUCUGCUGCUCCAUGCAGGACUGCGUCCGCAGCAAACCCUGGCUGGGCCUGCUCGGGCUGGUGACCAUAAGCCUGGCCACUCUCACUGCGGCCGGGAUCAUCAAUCUUACUGGUGGGAAAUACAAUUCCACCUUCCUGGGAGUCCCUUUCGUCAUGCUAGGUCAUGGAUUAUAUGGGACUUUUGAAAUGUUAUCCUCCUGGAGGAAAACUAGAGAAGACCAACACGUUAAAGAGAGAACUGCAGCAGUCUAUGCAGACUCCAUGCUCUCCUUUUCUCUCACCACUGCCAUGUACCUGGUCACCUUUGGCAUAGGGGCCAGCCCUUUCACGAACAUUGAGGCAGCCAGGAUUUUCUGCUGCAAUUCCUGUAUCGCAAUCUUCUUCAACUACCUCUAUGUACUCUCGUUUUAUGGUUCCAGCCUGGUAUUCACUGGCUACAUAGAAAACAAUUACCAGCAUAGUAUCUUCUGUAGGAAAGUCCCAAAGCCCGAGGCAUUGCAGGAGAAGCCCGCAUGGUACAGGUUUCUCCUGACGGCCAGGUUCAGCGAGGACACAACUGACGGCGAGGAAGCGAACACUUACGAGAGUCACCUAUUGGUAUGUUUCCUCAAACGCUAUUACUGUGACUGGAUAACCAACACCUAUGUCAAGCCUUUUGUAGUUCUCUUUUACCUUAUUUAUAUUUCCUUUGCCUUAAUGGGCUAUCUGCAGGUCAGUGAAGGGUCAGACCUUAGUAACAUCGUAGCAACGGCGACACAAACCAUUGAGUACACUACUGCCCAGCAAAAGUACUUUAGCAACUACAGUCCGGUGAUUGGGUUUUACAUAUACGAGUCUAUAGAAUACUGGAACACUAGUGUCCAAGAAGACGUGCUAGAAUACACCAAGGGGUUUGUGCGAAUAUCCUGGUUUGAGAGCUAUUUAAAUUACCUUCGGAAACUCAACGUGACCACUGGCUUGCCUAAGAAAAAUUUCACAGACAUGUUGAGAAAUUCCUUCCUGAAAGCCCCCCAAUUUUCACAUUUUCAAGAGGACAUCAUCUUCUCUAAAAAGUACAACGAUGAGGUUGAUGUAGUGGCCUCCAGAAUGUUUUUGGUGGCCAAGACCAUGGAAACGAACAGAGAAGAACUCUAUGAUCUCCUGGAGACCCUGAGGAGACUUUCUGUCACCUCCAAGGUGAAGUUCAUCGUCUUCAAUCCGUCCUUCGUGUACAUGGAUCGAUACGCCUCCUCUCUGGGAGCCCCCCUGCACAACUCCUGCAUCAGUGCUUUGUUCCUGCUCUUCUUCUCGGCAUUCCUGGUGGCAGAUUCUCUGAUUAAUGUCUGGCUCACUCUAACGGUUGUGUCCGUGGAGUUUGGAGUUAUAGGUUUCAUGACAUUAUGGAAAGUAGAACUGGACUGCAUCUCUGUGCUAUGCUUAAUUUACGGAAUUAACUACACAAUCGACAACUGUGCUCCACUAUUAUCCACCUUUGUUCUGGGCAAGGAUUUCACAAGAACGAAGUGGGUAAAAAAUGCCCUGGAAGUGCAUGGGGUAGCUAUUUUACAGAGUUACCUCUGCUAUCUUGUUGGUCUGAUUCCUCUUGCAGCUGUGCCUUCAAAUCUGACCUGUACACUGUUCAGGUGCUUGUUUUUAAUAGCAUUUGUCACCUUCUUUCACUGCUUUGCCAUUUUACCUGUGAUACUGACUUUCCUGCCACCCUCUAAGAAAAAAAGGAAAGAGAAGAAAAAUCCUGAAAAUCGGGAGGAAAUUGAGUGUGUAGAAAUGGUGGAUAUCGAUAGUACCAGAGUGGUUGACCAAAUUACAACAGUGUGAUAGCGUCUGGUUGUUAUAUUUUCACCCUAGGUCUUAUCAAGAGCAAAGGGAUGAUGUUAAUGGAAACAAAUUGAAAGUUGUUCUUUGGUUUUUAAGAAUAAGAAAUAGGCAUCGCCAAAAAAAAGUAAAGGACAAGGUGGGGAAAUGGGCAUUGCAUAUCUUCAAUCUUUAAAACGAAAGGUUGUCAUCAGAGAAAAUUUACACACACACACACACACCCUAGGAGACUCAUAGUCUCUUAAACUAAGAUCAAAUAAGCAAAAGCUUAUUAGCAAGCAGAAUCCUCUUUUACUCACACUGCAGAUGUUGCUGGUAUUGUGACAAAAACCUCCUGAUUGAAAGGUCAGCUGCCAAGGCAGAAAUAGCUUCGAGCGUCGCUCAAACAGUAAAGCUUCCAGAACUUCUGCAGAGCGGCAGCUCCAAGCAGCGUCUGUGGUUUAAGGUCUAAGGUCUUUGCCGUCUCAUCUAUCCCCCCAACACCCCAAGGGGAUGUUUGUGAAAGUUCUGGCCACCAAAAGCAAGCCAGAACCUCAGAAACAGACACAUGGCGGAAUGGCCAUCACCCAUGGACUGAAACUGAGUCACCUCUAAACUCACCCGGGUGAGGCAGUUUUGUUGUCCAGAAUGAAUUUAUCAUACGCCCCACCCACCCACCAUCAAUAUACUUUUAACAUCGGUAUGGUUUGGUUAAUAUACCUUUAAACCAAUGACAGCUCCAGCAAUGCAGAGUUAAGGCAAUUCUAUUUUGGUAUAUCUCGUUGCUUGUCACCAAAUGGAUCUGCUUCAUUACUUACAGCUCUUGGCAAGAGGCUCUGAGUACCCAAAACCACAGAGCCAAACCGAAAUACCUGGCAUGAUGAAGGAAAAGCAGGUGUCUACUUGA